AUGGAGAGUCCUUCACCGCUGAUUGUCCUCCCGAAUGAGGUGCAGUGGCAGAGGACAAUGUCUAACAUCGAUGCUUUCAUGAAGAAGCUGAGGAUUUCCCAGGAGCUGAGAGAUACCCACAAAGACAUCGUAUAUUUUGUUACAUCAAACACGAGUAUCUUCCGUCACCCGGCAAGGCAUCGUUGUCGAGCUCUCUUCGAAGCGAUUGAGCGGGUUUUUCAUGGGGACCUAGACAGAUUCACAACUACUGUCAAUGACGUGCUGCAGGCGAUUACUGAGUUACGAGGAAAAGAUAUCCCACAGCUUCCAGUAUGUUGCUCUGAAGGAACAUUCAGAGAGGUCACGCUGAGCAGAUACCAGGUGCUAGGACUUGUCGGCGCGAUGUUCUUCGGCUGUUUGCCUUCUCAACCCUGUCCUGAAUCCAGGCCGGACUGUGACUUCUCGUUCAUUAGAGAAGAGGAUGUCGAAAAAUCAUGUUGCCUGUUAAGUUAUUUCCGGUCGAUUACGGACUCAACCGAGGUGAUUUCAGCGAGAAAAGAGUACAUUAGGAUUAGCAGAGGGGCACCAAGUAUGCCGGAAAAUGUCACCGGCUGUUCGAAGUUAUGCGACGUGGUAAUUUGUGACAAUGGAGGAGUCGAAGAUGCUCAUGGACUUCUCCAGGCUGACUUCGCGAACAGAUAUAUCGGAGGUGGCGUUCUGGAAGGCGGCAAUGUCCAAGAGGAGAUAAGAUUCGCGAUUUGCCCUGAGCUGAUUGUCACUAUGCUCCUCUGUGAAGUUAUGGAUGAUCGCGAGGCCAUACGAGUUGAUGGCGCCACUCGGUUUUCUAAUUACACUGGCUACGGCUACUCUUUCAAAUGGGCAGGGGAAUAUGAUGAUCCCACACCCUUGGGGAGAGAUUCUAUAAGGGAUGUCUCUCUCUUCUGCGUAGACGCCCUGCCCAGUCCAGGCGUCGAGCAAUUUUCCGGUAAGCUGAUCGAGCGGGAGCUCAGGAAAUUCUAUUGCGGAGUAUGCAAAUAUCCCAGUGAGGAAGGAAAUGGCUCUCUGAGGGGAAUAGCCAUUGGAAAUUGGGGAUGUGGGGUGUUUGGCGGUGAUCCUCAGCUCAAAUUCGUGAUUCAAUGGGCGGCGACGUCUCUGGCUGGAAGACCUACCGUCCAAUAUUAUCGUUAUGGAGAGAAGAGACUGGAGCUAUUGGAAGAAUUCAUCGAGACCAUGAGGAGUGCUGAAGUUCGGCUUGACAAGUUUCUCGAAAUGAUGAAGUCGAGCAGGAUCUUACCCGUUAACAACGGGGAGUCGGUUGAGCUGUCCCGAGAAGAUGUGGCGAAUUCUCUCAACUUACCCGCUAUGUAUAAAGCCUCAUACAAGUAA